UAUAAAUUUUUUAGUCUUUGGCCUUACUUUCUAAGUCAUCGGUCAAGGUCUUCUCAUUAAUGUUGAGGUGUUUAUAUAAACUCUUUAAGAACAACUUCGCUUAGACACCUAAACGUGAAAUGGAGUUUGGAGUUUUUGGGUGGUGGGUACUAUUGUUGGCUGCCUUGUUUCAAUUAUCUUCUAUUCAUGGGUGUUUGAGAGAAGAGAGAGUAGCUCUCUUGCAAUUCAAAGCUUCCCUGAACUCCUCGGAUGAUCAGUUGACAUCUUGGAACUCAUCUCAAGAGGAGAGUAAUUGCUGCGAUUGGGAAUGUGUUGUGUGCGACAACACUACAGGGCAUGUUAUCGAGCUUUAUCUUGCUUAUGUGAGGAGCUAUUUAGAUGAAGUUUGGUAUGUGAAUGCCUCUAUGUUUCUCCCCUUUCAAGAGCUUAAGUACCUAGAUUUGAGUUGGAAUCAGAUAUCUGGAUGGAUUACAAAUGAAGGUUUUGAAAGAUUAUCCGGAUUGAGCAAGCUAGAGGUUCUUGACUUGAGUUUGAAUGCCAUAAGUGAAAUUAGCUUCAUGUCAUCACUUGGUCAGAUUUUAUCGCUCAAGAAACUAUAUUUGGAAUACAUCCCAAUCCAUAUCCCAUUCUCAGAGUUGAGCAGACUGAAGAACCUACAGGAGUUGUAUUUGGAUAGUUCCAACAUUGACAAAAGCUUCCUCCGUAAAGUUGGCGCUAUGACUUCCCUUAAUGAAUUGACAAUACAAGGUUGUGGACUCAAAGGAAGCUUGCCCAUCGUUCAAGGCUUGUGUGAGCUUACAAAUCUACAAGCGUUAGAUCUCAGCCAUAAUAAUUUUGAAGGGAUAUUGCCUUCAUGUUUGGCAAGCAUGACAAAACUUCGAGUAUUUGAUAUCUCUUCCAAUCGCUUUAAUGGAAGCAUUGAUCUCUCCCCUCUACCUAGUUUAAAGUCACUUGAGUACCUUGAUUUAUCACAUAACUACUUCAACCCAAUCCCAUUCUCCUCAUUUCUUAAUCUCACAAAGCUUGAGGCCAUAUUUAGUGAUGGCAACAAAGUGGUUGAUGAAACUUUGUCUCAAAGAGAGAAUCUUGGCUUCCAAUUAAAGGUUUUCAGUUGUUUAAGCUGCUUAUCUACCAAAUCUAGUAGAAGAAUUACUAGAUUCCUUCAUUACCAAUUUGACUUGCAAGUAAUAAAUCUCCCUCACAACAAUUUUUCAGGACAGUUCCCCACAUGGUUGCUAGAAAACAAUACAAGGUUUGCAUCUCUUAAUUUGAAAAAUAACUCGUUAACAGGAAAUUUGCAGCUGCCCAAUCAUUAUGUUCUCAACCUUUUGGUUUUAGAUAUUUCAUUUAAUAAUAUACAAGGUCCAAUUCCAACUAACUUUGGUUUUGUUUUUCCAAAUCUAGAGUUUUUAAAUAUUUCUAAAAAUAAUUUUGAAGGUGUUAUUCCUUUUUCUUUUGGUAAUUUGGCUUCCUUAAGUGUUUUAGACAUGUCAAGCAAUAAUUUUUCAGGAACAAUAUCAGAAAACUUGACAAUGGGCUGCUCCUCUUUAUACUACCUCAGAUUGUCUAAAAAUCAUUUGCGUAUUUCCUACCAAUUAUUUCCUGCCAAUUUGAAUCUAACAUCCCUACAAUUUUUGUAUUUGGAAAACAACCACUUUUCCGGAGAGAUCUCACAUGGCAUAUCUAAUCUAAUGAAUUUGUAUGCAAUUGAUUUCAAUAAUAACAAUUUGUUAGGGAUGCUUCCAAGAUGGAUGGGGAACUUGACGUCAUUGGGGAAUAUUGCUAUCACAAAAAAACCAGCUUGAAGGUCCCAUUCCAGUUGAGUUAUGCAACUUGAAAUCACUUAAUUUUUUUGACUUGUCCCAUAACAAUCUGUCUGGCUCUAUACCCUCUUGCUUCAACCUGUCCUCCAUCAAUCAUGUUCAUUUGAAUAAAAACAGGCUAACCGGUCCCAUUACCAGUGCAUUCAAGGGUUGCUCUAGUUUAGUCACUCUAAAUCUUAAAGAUAACUACCUUACUGGCAACAUUCCAGAUUGGAUCGGAACCUUUCAAGUUUGAGCAUUCUCCUCUUGAAAGCAAAUUAUUUGCAGGGGAAAAUUCCAUUUCAAAUAUGCCAUUUAGAAAAACUAAGCUUGUUGGAUCUUUCCCACAAUAGUUUUUUUGGUCAAAUACUGCAUUGCUUGAGUAACAUUACUUUUGAGCCGAUCUACACAAAAUCUUAUAUAUUUGAAGUAUACUCUUCGAGUAGGUAUAGCCAAAUAUCCGACAUAUUGUCAAGAAUCGUCCAUUCUACAAUGAUAAUGAACAGAUCAACAGGCUUUUUUUCUCCCUAUGGACAUGAUGCAUUACCACUGGUAGAUGUACUACAAGAAGUGGAGUUCACAACGAAAAAUAGAAUUCUCUCCUACAAAGGUGACAUCCUCAACUACAUGUCUGGGAUUGACCUCUCAUGCAACAAAUUAGAAGGAGAAAUUCCAGCUGAGCUUGGAGACUUGAGUAAAGUCCAUGCAUUGAACUUGUCAUUCAACAAUUUAACUGGAUCAAUCCCCACCCAAUUCUCAAAUCUUCAGCAAAUUGAGAGCUUGGAUCUAUCCCAUAAUAACUUGGAUGGUAUUAUUCCCCCUCAAUUGAUAAAGUUGAACUCUUUGGCCGUCUUCAAUGUGGCACACAAUAACUUUUGGGGAACAACACCAGAAAGAAAAGCUCAGUUUGGUACCUUUGACGAAAGCAGUUACGAGGGAAAUCCUCUCCUAUGUGGACCUCCACUGCAGAAGACUUGCACUAAAAUUCAAACAUCAUCUAACAUUCCAACUGAUGAUGAGAGAGAUGAAGCUUGUGGUUUUAUGGACUUGGAAGUCUUUUACGCUAGCUUUGCAGUGUCUUACAUGAUAAUGCUGCUCGGAAUUGUUGCCAUUCUCUACAUAAAUCCGCACUGGCGACAAGCUUGGUUUAACUUUGUUGAAUUGUGCAUAUCCACUUGUAACCUAUCUAGCUUUAGAAUUGUGUAGCUUUGUGUUUUGAUGUUUGCAUUUUCGUAUGUCAUUUGUUUUUCUUUUCUUCAAUUUCAAGCUUGAAGUUUAAAUAACAUAUAUGAGACCUGAAAGCUUGAUCAUUGGAAUUGUAACUUUAGUAGUCAAUUAGUGAACAAUCAGACAAGAUGCUUGAACGAUA